AUGGCUGUUGAUGACUUUGAUUACCACGAAACCGACUCCUUGAUCCUGCCAGCAAAGACCUUUUUCCCUCUGUCUAUCCAUGUAGCGCACUACCAACUACGACAUUAUAUCAGCUCGUCCAAGCAAGACACUAUCUACUAUGCCGAUCGCGAAAAUGUAUAUUGCUUGAACGUUCACACCAAGAGACGGACUCUUGUCGCGAGUUUGUCAUUCGACGCUCGAUGUACAGCUUCGGGGUACGGGUGGAUAUGCGUAGGGGGCGAGACUGAAGGUCUUUUUGCUGCGAUCCAGCUAGAUGGCUCAAGCCAUGUUUCCGGCGAGGUCGAUGCGAGUUUACCUGUGAGCUUAGGCACAGGCGCAACGACAUCCAGCCGUCGACAGACCAAGGUGUCACCACACAAUAUACACUUCGAUAGAAUCGGGCUGCAAAUCGUCAACUCGAUAUCCAUCCACAAAUUGCUCAAGGAAGGACCGCAAGGAGAAGACGAGGUCGUUGCCGUUCUCACAAACAAUGACAAGACCGUGCGAGUAUAUUCGCUCCCAAGGCGGGCCCAAAUAGCCAGGCUUGAUUGUCCCUUUCCUAUGAAUCAUGCCACCAUAUCCCCAGACGGACACCUUUUGGUCGCGGUUGGCGACGAGCAAAGGGCGUUGUUCUACGAACGAAGAACAUGGACAUCUCCUGUAGGCUCCACUGAGGAUCUCGCAGAAGAUAUUGCGCCUUCGGCCUCUGCCUGGGGCCUGAUUGCAACAGUAUCACUACACUGUCCGCCGACAGUAAAAGCCAUUGGUUACUUCACAACAGCUUGGUCAUCUUCUGGUCAUCUGUGUGCCGUGGCCUCAGAAUGUGGCUAUAUUACCGUUAUCGAUACGCUAUCCCUUCCAAAAUGCGAGUCUGCAGAGGAUGCAAUUGUCAAUGUUAUCAAGUCGACCAGGCCGGAUCGGGGCCACGGGCCAGGCUCUGUGCGUACUAUGCUGUUUUCCAGACAGCCAUGGGAUCUGCUAAUCUGGACGGAAGACCAAGGCCGAAUGUGCGUAGCCGACCUUCGUAGCGGCCUCAUAAGCCGGCAAGUGAUACACCUAAAUUCUAGCGAGGAUGGCAUAGAACGAAUUGUUAUUCCUGACUCGGAUGGUGAUAGCGAUGAAGACUUGACGCAUGAUGGAUCCUAUCUGCGUCGACAUUCAAGAGCUCUUGACGCAGAAGGUAACGCCUUUGGCCCAGCGGCCUUCGAGGCUCGUAGGUCCCUCGGUUCAAGUAUAACGAGUCGUCCUAUGCCAGGUCGUGCCAUAGUUGUAGAGUCUGACAAUGAUCCGCAUGGUCUGAGUCCACGAGCAAGGAGAAUAAUAGAUUCUCUUCCAACCACGACAGAACGUGACACACGACCAGAGGUGACGAUAACUCCACGAAGUAUAACCUACACACAAUCUGGGCGUCCAGUACACCCUUCAUACCGUGGUGCUACGGAGUACGAUGUAGAGUUAAGUUCAUCCCGGGAUGUCGAAGUUCGCAACAUCGGUCAUGAUUUGCUAUCUCUAGAUGUCGGCGAGACCCUCCGAGACCGCUACUCCGAUUCUGCGCGACGCUAUCGGCCACAUCGGCAGUCAUCCGUCGUAGUACCUGAGACCCGUCUGUACAGCAAUGCCAGUACACGCAAUGGCCAAUCGACAACGGGUAACCGAAUGGAGCAGAGCGCUUCUCCAGGUACAUAUUCAUAUCAGCCUGCCGACGGUGCCCUUGACCGUGCAGAAUAUCCCUCGACGGUGGGAACAUGGAUUGAAUACAGCACGACAGCGGGAGGGCGAGUCCGCCGAGAGAGGCCCCGUGUGUAUGGCUUACGACACAUUAGUACAGACCAGACUCACGACGGGAGCUAUGGCGUAAGAACAGCGGGUCUCGCCGCAAGUGAGGACGGAAGGAGUAUAUAUGCUGGCGCCGAGGACGGUAUAUACGUUUUUGCAAUCAACACGUUGGCGAGGAAAAUGUUUCCAGCGGUAUCUCCAAGGCUGAGUCUGCUUGUCGGGCUUGUCCUGAUUGAGCAUCGUUCCCGUGCCACUGCCGAUACCGGUAACGCAAGCACGCCAUAG